AUGCCUCGAAAACGCGCGCGGCGCACUAUUCCCGACUCACCGCCGAGUGAGAGAAGCCAGAAUGAGCCUCACUCCUCCAAUAUCCCUCCAAAGCGAGCGCGGCGCACUAUUACCGACUCACCGCCGAGUGUGAGAGGCCAGAGUGGACGCCCCAGCCCGGAGCUCGGGAACACAUUCGACAAUGUUCGAUACCCUCCAUUGCUUCAAUCACUUCGUGAAGUACACAUUGCGCUAGACACCGGCACCGAACGGACAAAGGCGUCGAUCGUCCUGCAAUAUACGGAUAAGAGAACCCAUGGAGCAUCGAUGGUCUUACCGGCAGCGGUUAUCUGGCCCAACUGCUCUGACUCGGUCCUGACCCAGGUCGCAUUUGGGGAUGAGAGGCGAAUGUUUUGGGGGGACGGAGUCGAACAAGAGCUGAAGAAGCGAGGCAUAACCGAAUCUCAGGUUAUUCGGCGCCUCAAACCUUCGUUAUUUGACGCGCACGCGCUUGCUCAUCAACCUUUUCAGAAAGGUCUGCUAGUCGCCGAGGACCGGAAAGUCGAGCUCACGGAGAGUUUGAAGUCCUGUGGUGAGGAUGCUGACGACUAUCGAAUGGAAAACCUAUCCGUGUUUUCAGACUACAUGGGCAUCGUUUAUCGCUAUGUCCUCCAAUUCAUUGCAAAAACUCAUGGUAGCCUUGGCUGGCCAGUACUCAAGAACCUAGAGGAGUACAAAAACUGGAGCCCUCCUGGAAACCCGAAGAUCCACGUUUCGCUCCCAGUACCUGUCGGAUCGAGUCCCGACGAAGUGCAGCUGGUAGUGGCUGCUGCAAAAGCAGCGGGGAUCCCCAAUCCAUACCCUGUCGCCGAACCUGCGUCGGCUUUAAUCCAUCAUCUCUGCAAAGCUCGCGACCAAUCAAUCAAGGAAAAGACUUUCCUGAUUCUCGACAUCGGAGCUGGGUCGGUGGACCAACAAGUCUGGACGGUGGUGAAUGAAAAUCCUCUCCAAGUCCGUGAACAUAUCAUUCCCGAGCAUGUCAGGACGGCAUGGUGUGGGGGCGCCUACACAAACCAAGAGGCCGUAAAACUGAUUAUGAACGGCAUUCGCGACAGGGACCUUGUUCUCAGGGCACUGCAGAGGCACGGUAGCCGAAUCAAUAACCAAGAGUCACUCGAACGCAAGUUGGACAAGAAAUUCGAGAAAGAAAAGCAGCGCUUUGAAGGGUGGGAAACACUAUUGCUACGCAUCCCUGGCCUUCCUGAUAUACCAGAGUUCAGACUCGGCGGUGGCGGUAUAGUGGUCCUCGAGCCCAAGGAUGUGAAGAGCGCUUUUGCACCAUGUCUUAACCAAAUCAUCGCUAUGCUCGAUACCGCCAUCCAAAGCGUUUUCGAAAGCCGGACCUUACGCGGAAUGGUAGAGCGACGAGUACACGAGAUUAUCGUUGUCGGGGGCUGCAGCCAAAACCGAUACUUACUCGAUCAGAUCCGCAAUCGAUAUUCUGGCGGUCUGCAAAGUCCUUUUCCCUAUCUUAUGCCAGUCACUCUUCCACCCGACGCGGCGACAGGGUCUCUCACGGUCGCACACGGUGCCGUGCUACUGUCGGCGGAAAAGGAACUAAUCAAAGAGAGAUAUGUGCGCCGGAGCUUCUGCGUGGAGUGUCAUGAAGAAGUCAACGCGCACUUGUACCCGCCCCAGAGCAGAUACAGGAGUCCCCAUGACCAUCAGAUACGCGUCCCUGUCACCCGUUUUCUUCUCCGCCAAGGUCUGCAUCCUCAAUGCUAUUCCUCUGAGCCUUUACAAGGCUGGCGCGGGUUGUUUCCUCAUGAGAGGUUCGCAGACGGCACCUGGCUGAUUGAAGAAACUCUGUACUAUUCAGACACUGUUUCCCAGGAUAAGCUCUGGAUACACGAUCAUGUGCUCGGUAUCCGCGCCAUGCCGGGUACCCUCAACUUCCACAUCUCUACAGAAGAAGCGCAACGCUUUCCUCAGGAACAAAGCCCAACGGAUGGACCUUAUUAUUACCUUGACUACGAGUUGAUCCUAACUCUAGAUGGGCAUAUCAUGACGUUCAAGUUCAUCAUCCCCCGAACAGGCCGAUGGCCCACCCAUGGUGACCGGUACGCAAAUGUCAUGUACAGGACGGGUCAGUACGACACCGCUGGAGUCUCUCAGCUGUUCAGUUCCGCCUAGAAUCUGUCACCUAGUGAGAUUUCUGGGAAAUCUUGCUUUAGCAUCCGCCUCUACUCGGCUGGCAUAUCGUAUUCACCAAGCUCUAACUCAUGCCCGCACUUUUUGAAAGAGACAGAACGAACAUUGGCGACUAUUUCACCC